AUGGAACCGCAGUGGAACCCGACUUCCUGCCCGCGGUCUCCCUCCGGCGUCUUCCUGCUCGUGGCCACUUCCUACGCGUGGCUCCUUCCCGCCGCCGCCCCUCAGCGAAUCCCGACGGACCUCCAGGCGGCGCCCGAGUACGCCCACUCCAUCCGAUUGGAUGGCGACGUCAUCCUCGGCGGAUUAUUUCCCGUGCAUUCGCGGGGGGACCGCGGCACGCCCUGCGGGGACCUGAAGAAGGAGAAGGGCAUCCACCGCUUGGAGGCCAUGAUGUUCGCCAUCGACCUGAUCAACAAGGACCCCGAGCUGCUGCCCAACAUCACCCUGGGGGCCCGCAUCUUGGACACCUGCUCCCGGGACACGUACGCCCUGGAGCAGUCCCUGACGUUUGUGCAGGCCUUGAUCGAGAGGGACGGCACCGACGUCCGCUGCGCCAACGGGGACCCUCCGAUCUUCACCAAGCCGGAUAAAAUCAUCGGGGUGAUCGGAGCCGCGGCCAGCUCGGUGUCCAUCAUGGUGGCCAACAUCCUGCGCCUGUUUAAGAUCCCUCAGAUAAGCUACGCCUCCACGGCUCCGGAGCUGAGCGACAACACGCGCUACGACUUCUUCUCCCGCGUGGUACCGCCGGACUCCUACCAGGCCCAGGCCAUGAUGGACAUCGUCACGGCGAUGCAGUGGAACUACGUGUCCACGCUAGCGUCCGAAGGAAACUACGGAGAGAGCGGCGUGGAGGCCUUCGUCCAGAUCUCCAGAGAAACCGGUGGUGUGUGUAUCGCCCAGUCCUUGAAGAUCCCCAGGGAGCCCAGAUCAGGAGAGUUUGAUAAGAUCAUCAGACGCCUGCUGGAGACCUCCAACGCCAGGGCCGUCAUCAUGUUCGCUAAUGAGGACGACAUACGACGAGUUCUGGAUGCAGCUAAAAGGAACAACCAGACUGGCCACUUCCUGUGGGUGGGAUCAGACAGCUGGGGGUCCAAAAUAUCCCCUGUGAUUGGCCAGGAGAGAGUGGCUGGGGGAGCCAUCACCAUUCUUCCCAAACGGGCAUCUGUAGAUGCGUUUGACCGGUAUUUCCGGAGCCGCUCGCUGUCCAACAACAGGAGGAAUGUUUGGUUUGCUGAAUUCUGGGAGGAAAACUUCAACUGCAAGCUGGGGAUGCAUGGCAAACGACCCGGCAGCCUGAAGAAAUGCACAGCCUUGGAAAAAGUUGGUCGCGAUUCCAGUUACGAACAAGAGGGCAAGGUUCAGUUUGUGAUGGAUGCCGUGUACGCCAUGGCCCAUGCUCUGCAUCGCAUGCACCGGGAGGUCUGCUACGGAUACCCGGGCCUCUGCCCCCGCAUGGCCGACAGCAUCGACGGCAAGGAGCUGCUCAGCUACAUCCGUGCGGUCAACUUCAACGGAAGUGCCGGUACACCGGUGGUUUUUAAUGAGAACGGAGACGCUCCCGGGAGAUACGAUAUCUUCCAGUACCAGACCGUCAACAGGUCCACUGCAGAGUACAGAGUCAUCGGCUCCUGGACCAACAAACUACACCUCAAAAUCGAGGCCAUGCGCUGGAAGGCUGGAGACUCGUCCCUGCCACCCUCCGUGUGCAGCAUCCCGUGCCGUUCGGGAGAAAGAAAGAAAGUGGUCAAAGGCGUGCCGUGUUGCUGGCACUGCGAGCGCUGCGACGGAUACCACUACCAGGCGUCAGAGUUCAGCUGCGAGCUGUGUCCAUACGAGAUGCGGCCCGACGCCAACCGCACCGCCUGCGUCGCCAUCCCCAUCAUCAAGCUGGAGUGGCACUCCCCCUGGGCCGUCGUCCCCGUCUUCAUCUCCAUGCUGGGGAUCGUCGCCACCUCCUUCGUCAUCUUCUCGUUCGUCCGGCACAACGACACGCCCAUCGUCCGAGCGUCGGGCCGCGAGAUGAGCUACGUGCUGCUCACGGGAAUCUUCCUGUGCUACGCCAUCACCUUCCUGAUGAUCGCGGCGCCGGACGUGGGCGUGUGUUCGUUCAGGAGGAUUUUCUUGGGCCUGGGGAUGUGUUUCAGCUACGCCGCGCUGCUCACCAAGACCAACAGGAUACACCGCAUCUUUGAACAGGGGAAGAAGUCUGUCUCUGCACCCAGGUUCAUCUCGCCUGCCUCCCAGCUCGUCAUCACCUUCUCCCUCAUCUCGGUGCAGCUGCUGGGGGUCUUCGUGUGGUUCGCGGUCGACCCUCCGCACACGGUCGUGGACUACGGCGAGCAGCGGACUCAGGAUUCCACGUCGGCGCGCGCCGUCCUCAAGUGCGACAUCUCCGACCUGUCCCUCAUCUGCUCCCUGGGCUACUCCAUCCUGCUGAUGGUGACGUGCACGGUUUACGCCAUCAAGACGCGAGGCGUGCCGGAGACCUUCAACGAGGCCAAGCCCAUCGGAUUCACCAUGUACACCACCUGCAUCAUCUGGCUGGCCUUCAUCCCCAUCUUCUUCGGCACGUCACAGUCCGCAGAGAGGAUGUACAUCCAAACUACCACCCUGACCAUCUCUCUCAGCCUGUCUGCCUCUGUCUCUCUGGGGAUGCUCUACAUGCCCAAGGUCUACAUCAUCCUCUUCCACCCCGAGCAGAACGUUCCCAAACGAAAACGCAGCUUCAAGGCAAUUGUGACAGCUGCCACCAUGUCGGGGAAACUGAACCAGAAGGGAGGAGACCGGCCCAACGGAGAGGUGAAGACUGAGCUCUGUGAGAGCAUGGAGACCAACACAGUGUGAUGGCAGAGCACAAGUGAAAGAAAUAAAAGUAGCUGUAUGAAUGCAUCAGAGUAUAACAAUGGCGCAGUUAGAGGCCUGACAUUGCUACACAAACACUGACAUUCACCGCGGAGCGCCUGAGGGGACACAAGACAUAAUGGGUUUGACAAAAAGCCUCAACGACUCCGGUGGACUGUGCGUGUGACACUGUUUCGUGAACAUCGUGACAAAAAUCUCCUCUCAACUGCUCUUUCUUAUGUUCUUUUUCCUUUCCUCCUUCCAUUCCUCCAAUCGGUCCCUUCUCUUUCAUUCCUUUCUUCAUUGUUCUUGAACUCAUUUUCGCUCAAUGUUGUUAUCGCCUUCUUUCCUCCUUCCUGUCCAUCGCCCACCUUUUUUUCGUAUUCACGCAGCUUCAUCAACUAAGACCACAUAUGUCAGCUACAGCAAUCACGCCAUUUGAAGGGACCACAGAGGAUGAAGAAAGGGAUUGGACAGGAGAGGGGGGCCGGUGUCUUGGGGCGGUGCCGAGAGAAAGAAGGAGCCACCGUUCGAAGCCGAUUGGUGGAAGAAAUGGCGGACAGACUGAGCGCCCAAUGGAAUCAAAGCAUGAGACAUUUUUGUAUUGUUCAGCAUCAAACCACAAAGAGGUGGGACCACAUAAGUCAGUGUGCCUGCUUUCCCGCUCACACCUCAUUGGUCCUACCAUGAACUUACCCAUUAAAAAAAAAAAAAGAGAGAGAGACAACAUUUAAAAAAAAGAGACAUACCAUAGGACACUUUGGUGGACAGAGCAACUAUUACAAUUUACACACAUAAAAAGAAAAAGACAAAAAAAUCUCAGAAACCAUGUAGACAUUAUAUCUAAAAGGGCAAAUGUGGGUACUGGGAAAGAGAUUUAACAGAUUACAUUUUAAAAGAUAUUUAAAAAGAGAAAUGUCAGAGAAAAUCUAUGAGACUCAAACAUGUUUGUUGUUAUUCUCUACUUGUGAGUAUUUUUGUGGUUGUGACGAUUUUUUCAUUCUUGUCUCACCGUUGUCUGGUGGAUCGCCCUUGCAUAAUGAGAUGAGUGUGUUUCCCCUUGCUGUCUUGGCUAACCGGGUUGUCGCCUUGGGUUGUGAACCUGUAAAAUGCCAUGGUUGAAGCAUGCCAGUUUUUAUACAAAAAGGAGAUUUAUUUAUA